UCCUAAUCUAAAAGGGGCACACCAACACGUGCGGUGAACACCCCAAAACAACUAGGAAUGUUCAAAACACGAACCAUCAAUACUACAUCACGGUGACGUGGUACUUUUAUAAAACUAGUCAAAGGCAAACUGUACGGAUAGAAAAUAACUAUAUGCACAUAUAUAUGCAUUGAAAUAUGGGUUCGAGGAUAGUGGGGAAGCUACUAAAAUAUCCGGCCUCGAUGCGGGAACAGACUAGCAACCACAGAAUUUUAAGAAUCUCGUCGACUCUAAACAAUGCGCUUCUAAAACCGACCACUCCUGUAGGGUUUUUGCGCUGGAUUCUGUUUGUGUCACUGUCAGUAGCGCUCAUGGUCUACUGGCUCUGUACGACACCUCUUGAAGUUGAAUGUCGAUGCGCCCCUGUUACAACGCUGUCUGAUCGCAUAGGCGAUAACCUUAUAUCGCAACUGAAACGUACAUCGGAUAAGAGGGAAAGCAAGUUGAGGGUAAGUGGUUCGGAUACUAAGAGGUUUGUGUUUGAGCUCAAGAGGAAGAGUGCAUGGAAGAAGUACACUAGCCAAAUAAGUCGUACAGCGGCGCCCAUCAUCUUGGUCACAACUAGUGCGCCAUUCUUUGAAUUGACACUCAACUGGUACUUAUCUGUGAAGCGAACGGGAGUGUUGAGUGAGAUUUUGAUAGUAUGUCAUGACACAGAGAUCAUCGAGCGCUUAGAUGCCUACGUAGCGCAAGAAGAUACCAUUGGAUAUUACCCUGUAGGUGUCAGCGGUGAGAAGAAUCCGAACUACGAUACGAAAGAUUACAAAUCAAUUGUAUCUGCCCGUCCAGAGGUUAUUCUACUCUUUGCUACUCGAGGCAUUCCUGUGGUGUACAGUGACGUGGACACGGUUUGGCGCAACUCCCCUCUGCCCUAUGUGCAGGAGAUGCAGGAGAAGGGGUACGAUCUUAUCACCACAGCCGACAACAAUGCAUACUUCAACACCGAGCAUUGCACUGGGUUCAUAGCCGUCGCUGCGUUUCCUAGCAACGAGACUGUAGACUUUUUGCAUGAAUGGCAUAGGGAUUUGCUGGAACACGACCUGAACCAGCCGUCAUUCAACGCCAUAGCAACAGCUUACAAGGAUGUACUUGAGAUAGGCAUCCUGCCCCUGACGCUCUUCCCGUAUGGGAAUAUGUACUUCGGCUGGAUGUUCAGACCCUGGAGGCAGGGUGUGGUGAUUGUGCACAAUAACUACAUUAAGGGGUACGAGAAUAAGAUCCAACGGUUUAAAAGUUAUGGCCUGUGGUGGCUGGGCGAGACGCCUUGUGGCGGGCGCAAUGUGCUGGUGCUUUCGAAGUCUGUUGAUUGUAGUAAUGCUGAGUGAGCUUUAAGCUGUAAGUCGGAUAGAAAUGGUGGUAAGGUCUGGUGGAAUGAUUAUUCUGGAGGGCCUAGGCUUUGUCCGAAGCUAUGCUCAGUUGACCACAUACUUAAAGUGCUCUAAGCAAACUAGUGGGCUAUGCACCUAGCAACCGAUGAAUAAGGUUUGUAGGCUGCUACCAGUUGAGGCGGCACUGUCAAGGCCGAGACUGAGGUCAGAUGCUGCUGGUGUUGCAAAACCAUACAUAUCUCUGGAGCGUCUGCAGAGUACAAGUGUUGAACGUCUUCGAUACAAGCGACUAUCCACACAGGGCGAUCUUAGUCUGUACAGUCCGUCUGUGAUACAGGCGUCUAUCCACACAAGACGAUUUGAGACUAUACAGUCCCUCGAAGCAGAUACUUCGCCUCCUUCUCUAGUCUUUGUUUGAGACCUGCUUGACUCCAAGUCAAAGUUAAAGGGAGAAGCAACCAGAGACGGGAAAUAUGUGCUCGUAGAGAGCAUAAGACCACCAAUCGACUCUUAGUCUGUCAGCUACCAAGCGCUGGAGCUGGCAGUAGAAACCAGCUAGUGGAAGGUUGUCCACAUUUGAUAUCAUGUGCAUUGGAUACAUGUUCAGAGUCGGAGAUCUAACACGCGUGCUGUGAGAGUUCUAGGGGCUGUUUUCCUGCUGAGUAGAGGCAUAGAGAUAUACGGAAUAAAACCAAGAGAGUUUAGGAUUCGAUCCCAUCCUCUCUGAAUCAACGGUCAAUCCGGGUAGAUCUUUAAUUUGUGCAAAAGGAUGAUGACAGUAAGCCGUUGUCUCACUUAGUUCAUAGCAAUUUUAGUCGACAGUGUGAAAGAUGCCAUAAAGAAGUACCAGCACGCAGUUUGAUACACUUGCAUAUAUCCCGAUAAUUAUACACAACUGAACAUAAAACUGCAAUUCCAAUACAGAAGAAUAAACAGG